AUGGCCACCAGCAGCCCCAUCGCUCUGAUCUCGCAGGUGCAGCAGCGGAAGCCCCGGCCAUACACCCCAAGCCCAUGGGGCGACUUCUUCCUCCACCACAUCCCAUGCACUCCAUCACAGCUCUUCUCAAUGAAGAAGAAGGCACAGAUCAACAAGGAAGAAGUGAGGCAGGUUAUAUUAGAAACCCUUGCCUCCUCCAGCCUGGUUGAGAAGAUGGAGCUUGUCGACAGGCUUCAACGACUUGGGGUGGACUAUCACUACAAGAAGGAGAUCAAUGAUUUGCUUUGCUAUGUCUACAACGACAAAGAUGGAGGCUCUAGCAAUCUCUACAUCACCUCACUGAGGUUCUAUUUGCUCAGGAAGCAUGGGUACGGAGUCUCUUCAGAUGUGUUUGAGAAAUUCAGGGAUGAACAAGGGAACAUUUCAAGUGAUGAUGUCAGCUACUUGCUGAUGUUGUACGAUGCUGCGCAUCUGAGAACUCAUGGGGAGGAGAUACUUGACAACAUCAUCACUUUCAACAAGAGCCACCUCCAAUCUCUACUGCUGGAAAAUUUGGAGCCAGAGCUACGAGAGGAAGUCCAGUGCACUUUGGAGACACCUCGGUUCAGGCGGGUCAGCAGAGUCGAGGCGAGGCGCUACAUCUCAGUAUAUGAGAAGAAGGCUACACGGGAUGCGACCAUACUGGAGUUUGCAAAACUAGACUACAACAUCUUGCAAGCUAUCUACUGUGAUGAGUUGAAAGAACUUACAGUGUGGUGGAAGGAUUUCCAAUCACAAACAGAUCUGAGCUUUGCGCGGGACAGAAUGGUGGAGCUACAUUUUUGGAUGCUCGGGGUGGUUUACGAUCCCUAUUAUUCAUAUUCAAGGAUAAUGAUGACAAAGUUCAUCGUAUUUGCAUCCUUGCUCGAUGACCUUUAUGACAACUAUAGCACCACAAUGGAGAGCACUACCUUCACCGCGGCCAUGCAAAGGUGGGAUGAACAAACCACAGAACAGCUUCCAGCAUACUUGAAAGCACUCUUCAUCAACAUAUUAAACACUACAAAUAAGAUUGAGGAGGAGUUAAAACUUAUGAAAAACAAGCAUGCUGAUUUGAUCAAAAGACUGGUGAUUGAAACUGCCAAAUUCUACCAUGCUGAGGUUGAAUGGCGUGAUAAACACUACAUACCAACUAGGGUCGAAGAACACCUCCAAAUUUCCACCCGUAGUAGUGUUUGUAUGCAGAUAACAAACCUUGCGCUCAUUUCGCUUGGAGAGGUGACUACAAGGGAGGAUGUUGAUUGGGCUCUCACCUUCCCCAAAAUCAUCAGAGGUGCUUGUAUCGUGGGGCGUGUUGGCAAUGACAUCGUGUCACACGAGGUUUACCAAAUCUCUCCACAUAUAAAUAAACUACUUAUAAAUGUUAUUAGCUCAUUUUUAAAUAUUAUUGUAAGCAGUGGAAAUGUUUAUAUUCUAACUAUUUGCACUUUUCGCCACACCUUGAAGCGUGAACAAACUUCGGAGCAUGUCGCAUCCACGGUGCAAACUUGCAUGAAGGAAUAUGGGGUGACAGUAGAGGAAGCCAAUGAAAAGCUUAGAAUUAUAAUCGAAGAAGCAUGGAUGGACAUCGUCGAAGACUACCUUGAGCAAAAACGUCCCAUGGUACUUUUAGAGACAGCGGUCAACGUUGCAAGAACAAUGGAUUUCAUGUACAAGCAUGAAGACGCAUUCACCCUCUCAUUCAGCCUCAAGGAUGUUAUAGCUUCAAUGUACGUCAACUCUGUGUGA